AUGCCGUUGAUAGCUGAGCCGUUUCGUGAGAAGCCUUAUCCUUUUUCUGCGCUUCCCUUGGCCGCUGGUGCCAAGAUUCAUGAUUCGCUGUACUUUCCUCCUUCAUGCCACCGUCCACCGCCAUUCAUGAAUAAGAUCGUAUUAGCUUUUGCGUUGAGGAAGAUGGUACAACGUCGAAACCAAAAGAGAAAGCAAGAUGGUGUCAGUAGGCACACUCGACAGGCCAGAGCACGCCGAAGCAACAAAACAGAGUCGGAAGAGGAGAGAGAAAGCCUCGAUCCGAUUGGCCUCAUGAGAGACUCGUCGCUGAGCACUAUUGGAGAGGAUGCCGUAUCCGACUCCAUCAACCGGGCCGAGUCCAGCCAAGCUACCCGUGGCAGCUGGCAGUCGAGUCAGCCCGAGUCACAGUCUAGCAUACAAGAUCUGAUUGACACUAUCGUCCACAUCCAGCCGCCCCCGCUGCCAGAGUUGGUCGCUCUGUGGCUUGAUUUCUUGUAUUUGUGGGCAGCAUGA